AUGUCCCUAGUCCGAUCUCGAUACAGUGUGAAUGCACCCGAAACAGACCUCCUGUCCUACUUAUUUGAUUCGCCUUAUAAGGAUGCAGGAUCCUGGCCGUCAUCAGAGCCUCUUUUAGAGUCAGCAGCAGAUUGCGAUCGUUCAGGGUAUUCAGUUGACCAAAUCAAGAAUAUCGUGAAGCGAGUCGGCUGCGGCCUUGAUCGAUUGGGAGCAAGCGGCAAGCGGGUCAUGGUCUACGGGGACGCGAACAUUAACUUCCCCCUGGCUAUUCUUGGAGUUAUAGCUGCAGGAGCAUCAUGUAAUGUUCUCGCGCCUGGUCCUGUUGAAGAACUGAUUUCCCGGCUGCGGCAACUGGACUGUGACAUUGUUUUUUUCGCCCCGCAGGAUCGAGAGCUUGUCUGUACUGCUGCAGCAAGGUUGAGUAUUCCUAGCGAGCGUCUUUUCAUGGUUGAUGAGACCAUCGAUGGCGAGAAUAUCGAAGGUUCGGAUGAUGGUGGUCCUAGACACUGGGGCCACCUCUUGAUGAUGCCCGGCGGUGACGAUUAUGAGUGGCCUAGACUUUCGCCUGCUGAGGCAAGGACAAGAACUGCUCUCCUGCUCUAUACCUCAGGGACAACAGGAUCUUCGAAACUUGCCGAGCGCACUCACUAUGGUCUUAUUGGGAACAUUGAACAGACCCUACAGCACUACAACCUUCGAGAGAGGAACAAAGAAACCAUAUUCUGCAAUUAUAAGUUCUGCGGUAUGGGAUUUCUCAUAUUAGGGUUCAUGCUCCCUUUGAAGGCUCGGUAUAAGACGAUAUUCCCUACAAAGUUCGAACCAGAAAAAUUCAUGCAGACAAUUGAACGAUUCCAGCCUACCUGGUUGAUGCUCCCUAAGCAUCUGGUACGUGAGCUCCUGGCAAAGUUCGACAAGCCCAGCUUUCCCAGUGUGCAACAUGUCCUCACCGGCGGCGCGAUCAUUCCCUAUGAGAUGAUCGAGCAGUGGCAGCGACUACAUGGAUCUCAAGUGCAGAGUACAUAUGGAAUGACCGAGGCUUACUCCGUUACUGCACCAACCAGGGCGGGCUUUUAUACCUUCCCCGAUCCAACCCAAGUGGUAGAGGAUGCCACAACAGGAGUCUUGCUUCCUAGUUUAGAGGCGAAAAUCCUCGGUGAUAAUGGCGAAUUGCUGAGCAUGGGCCAAAAAGGGCAUGUUUACAUUCGGACCCCAUUUCUUAUGAAGGGCUACUUCAAUGAACCAGAACAAACUGCGCAGACCAUAACGGAUGAUGGAUGGAUUAAGACUGGCGACAUUGGCUGGGUUGAUGAGCGCGAUCAAUUCUAUAUUGUUGGUCGCCAAAAGGACCUAUUCAAGAUAAAAGGCGACAAUGUUUCUGCAGCUGAAAUCGAAACGGCUAUCUUGCAACAUCCGGAUAUUGCGGAUGUUGCUGUUAUUCCAGUCACUAUAAAUGGAGAUGAAGAGCCCGUGCCUCGUGGAUAUAUUGUCAAGGGAAAUGAGUCCCCCCUGACAAUAGAAGAAUUGAUGCACUGGAUGCGGACGGAACUCACUUCACGCAUGCAACUCCUUGGCGGCGCUGCCUUCAUCGAGGCAAUUCCCAUUUCAAAUGUUGGAAAUAGCAAAGUCGACCGUCGGAGACUGUGUGAGAUCGCCGAGAGAGAGCUGCAGGCCCUAAGCAAUACGGAACAGGAGGCGGGCAAGCCAAACAACAGCGUUUGA